AUGGCGGAGAUGAGAUAUAUCAGCCUUGAUGGUCCACCUCUUGGAGGUAUUCCUCCCCAGGAUUUCGCAUACCUACAAGCCUUCCCCAUAUAUCCCUACACAGGAUUCUCCGUCUCUCCCCAGGACCAGCCCGCCCCUCCGGCUCCAAAUCCAGCUACGCAUAGCCCCGUGGGACAGGUUGGUGCUUUCGAAAAUGGACAGCAGCCCCCAUGGCCAGGUUACUAUCAACAACUAACGAAUCAGGUCAUCGUGCAGCAAACCUUCACAGCGCAUAUCCCCCAGCCAACGGCUCCGGCUAUGGCUCCAGCGCCAGGCCCUCCCCCAGCUCAGCCUCCAUCUCGGCCAUCGGAUCAACCACCAACUGAACGACAUCAGGGCCGUCAUCUACCUGCUGGUGCGUUCCCCCCCAGUAGUAACCGACCCUUGGUCCUUCCAAAUGGACAGGGAUAUAUUUUCCCUCAAAAGCAUACGACAAUACACAUAAUCGAAGCGUUUGCGGCCCCUUGGAAUAAUCCCGGGGGCACAUUUCAAUGGAGAUCCUACCGUGUGCCCCCAACGAUGACUGUUUCAGAGCUAAUAGACCAGCUCUGUCCUACACAUGGGCCUGAUGGCCGCAAGGCCACAGCUCAGGGAAUUACUGAGUGUCUUGAGGUUGGCGACGGUUCAUGGCUAAAGGGUUCAGAAUUCUGGGUCGGAGGCGCCCGUGGCGGUGAUGAGAAUAUGAAGCGCCGUGUCUCCCAGACCCUUGCUGCUGUUGGUUGGACAGAUCAGCGCGGAACUGCCGCGCCACCUGUCUGGAUAACCAUCAGCAUCACCCUUGGGUAA